GCGUUGGGCGUCGACUCGGCUUUGAGCAACUACAUGUUCCACGCCGACUCGGACGACUCGCUCGACGAAGAGGACAUAGACGACUGGCUGAACGAAGGGCAGCGAGGGGCGAACGGCGAGCUGAAUGACGAGGAGGACGCGCAGUUGAAUCCGCUGCGGACGGCGUACAUGGAGGGGUGGAGCCGGGCGGCGAAGGAGGGGUAG